AUGCCGGAUCCAAAUCAAAAGACUCUCGACAAGUGGAUGUCGUCUGGGGGCAGCGCCAGCCGGCGUGGCGUGGCAGGCACCUCGUCACACCAAAACCCACCAAAGCGCGACUCGUAUCGCCAGCGGGAAGACCUCGCCGCAACGGCCAAGGAGACCAGGACCGUUCUCCCCGACAUUCUCAAGCAUCUCCCCGAUAUUCAGGCCGCCAAGUCUGAAGCGCUCUUCCUGGACACGCUGCCGCCGCUCAAGGCGUCCGACUGCCCCAAGAGAACACCGACGGGCAAGGCCACGAUCCGCAUUGUCAACGAUGACUCAUUCAACGCCGCCAUCGAGCUCGCGGCAUCCAAGGCAUCGUCUCCGGAUUCCGGACGCGUCGCGGUUCUGAACAUGGCCAGCCACGCCAACCCGGGUGGCGGCUGGCUCAAGGGUGCUCGCGCGCAGGAGGAAGCGCUGUGCUAUCGCAGCUCGCUGGCCCUUUCCUUGCACCGCCGAUACUAUCCAUUCAAACAGCGCAUGGGGCUGUACACGCCUGACGUGGUCGUCAUCCGCUCCGACAUGCCGUCCGGCCACAAGCUGCUGCUGCCAGACGUCAAGCCCGAGGACCUCCCCGUCGUGAGCGUGCUCAGCGUCGCGGCGCUCCGCCAGCCGGAGACGAAGCGCGUCCGCGGCAACACGCCAGCUGGUGCCGUGUACGAGCGUCUCGUCUACGCGGACCCCAGGGCGCGGGUGCUUACCAAGGACAAGAUGCGGCUGUGCCUGCGGAUGGCCGCACAACGAGGCCACGGGCUCCUGGUCCUCGGGGCUCUGGGCUGCGGCGCGUUCAGGAACCCCAAGGAGGAGGUGGCCAAGUGCUGGCUCGAGGUACUGCAGGAGACCGAGUUCCAGGGUGGAUGGUGGGAGGAGGUAUGGUUUGCCGUGUAUGACCGACGGAACGAGGGCAACUUUGAGGUAUUUGAGGAGACGCUCGGGGGCCAGGAGGUGUGA